UAACAGCGUGGUUGAACUUCCAAGAUGGCGUAUGCGGAGUCACCAAAGGGACUAACGAAAUGGCAGCAAUUUCAGAAUACUGCAAGGGAGUUUGGGCUCUUUCUCUACAACAAAGAGAAGAAAGAAGUAAUGGGAAGAAAUGCCAGUAGUUGGGGAAAGAUCAUGCUCUUUUUCUUCAUCUUCUACCUGUGUCUUGCAGCGUUUUUCGCUGCAAUGCUGAACGCGUUUCUUGCUACAAUGCCUGAACGGAAGGAAGGUCCGAAAUUAACUCAGUAUCUGGCGGGCAAAUCUCCUGUACGGGUUUUGCCUUAUCACAAGGUCACAUUUGAUAAGGAUGAGCCCAACACAUACGAUGAAGAAGUAAAAGAGAUCAACAAAGCUCUAAAACCCUACAUAGAGCAAACUGGAGAAGAUAAAGCUUAUUAUGAGCAAACGCCUUGUAGCUUCAAUUCAACUAAAACUGUUGAAAAAGGCGAAAAGCAGUGCUACUUCGAUCUGAGCAAACUAGGACCAUGCUAUAGUACUGCUAAAGAUUUUGACUAUGGCUACAAAGCUGGUAAACCAUGUUUCUUUUUAAAAAUGAAUAAGGUGUUCAACUUUGUGCCUGAACCAGAAUCUGGUCUUUCUUAUCUGCAAGUCACAUGUGAUAAGGGAACAAUUUAUCCAAAGGAAACUCCUGGCUAUCCUGUAAGUUUCUUCCCAUACCGUGCUGAAGAGCAUUGGCUGUCACCUCUUGUUGCCCUUAAAGUGGAUGAUAUGGGAUCAAUGAAGAUUAAGUGCAAUGUGUAUGGCAAGAACAUCGAAAGGUCUGAAACCUACCUUUUGGAAAGAGGAGCAUAUAACAGAAUCAGAAUCGAAAUUAAUUAAGUUGAUAGUCAAACUGAGUUCGCACUAGCAUCAUCUGUUCAUUGGAAGUUUACAUGUGCAGGCAGGGUGAUGUUCUUAUUUGCUCAAAAUGAAAGGCAUCUUAUGAUUAGCCCUUUGGAAAUUCUGCAUAUGAUUGCUUCCAAUGCUGAUGUUUGUGAGAGUCAGGCUUUAGGCUCAACUGGAUGCCGAUUGUUUUUUUCGAAGACAUUUGUGUAUUUGUGCUACAUAAUGUGGAAUGCUUUUUUAAUGUAGGGUGUUUUAUAGUUUCUACAACAACAAUUUAAAUCAGUGACUGAGAAACGUUUCCUUUUUCUUGUUUUUAAGGUUCUGCACUAUCUUAAUUAUCAAUCAUGUCUCAAUCUUUUUAUCUCUAGCUUUCAGCAGCUGAGCUUUGCAAUUUCUUGAUCUGAUGCUCUGUCUAUUUCUUGUAAUCAUUUCUUAAUAUAUAUAUAAGUCAGCAUAUCUCCUGCAAAGUACAUCACUCUGUAUGCCAGUUGAAGUAUUUCUUUCAUGUUUUUUGAUAAUGUGAUUGUCUUGAAAACUGGAACAAAAAGAUGGGAAAAAAUGAAUGAAAAAGAACAAAAUAUUGGUUUUUAUAAUUGUGAACACUUCAAAUAGGCAAUAUGAGUUUUCAAGGUUAUUCUUAAGAAUUUUGAUGAUUUCUCUUUUAUACUUAUGUAAUCCCCUUAUGAUCAUUGAAUUAUUUAAAACUAGGAAUUUCAACGUAUUUUUGGAAAUACAACACUGUAAAUGCUGUUGUCCAGGAUGACCAGGGAAAGGAAAUCUAAGAGUUUAAUGUGGUGGAUUCACAUACAGGCAGAAUUUUAGCACGUUAACAGUACAAGCUCUAAAUGAGGUGUUUCCUACCUGGACAUCCUGUAGCAGAGUAUGGCAGUAAGUUGUUUUUUGUAUCCAAUAAACUUUUUCCUUCUAAUGCUA